AUGCAUUGUUUUUUUGCUGAGCUGGAGCCGUCUUUUACCGUCACAGAGCAAAACCUGGCAGACCGAGUUCGGUACAUCAUGCGCUCGAAUAUAUUUGAUGAUGCCGAGCUCGAACGGCUACGACUUGAGGCCGUUCCCUCGUCGGAUGAGAAUUGCUACGGCUGGGGAUGCGGCUCCUCAAAUGGCAGACCAGCCCGCGAACGUGGAAGCCGCCGUGGAUACCCAGUUGUGGGUGAUUCAAACGAUGAUGGAAUAGUCUCCCACGAACUGGAAUUAGAGCAUAUGAGGAGUACAUUGGAAGAGGCGAUUGUGUAA